UUAGAAACUCGAUCUGUUGGUGAUCGCAGCAUGCACAAGUAAGUGGGGACCAAGCCGGCUAGCUAGUAGGUAGUUUCAGCGUGCCUGCCAGCAUGAGCUUGUCGGCACGAGGGUAUCCUUGAAGAAAGCAAGAACGAAGCAUAGCUGAAAGAAAAGGCGAGAGAGCAAAUAAAUGAGCAAAUCCACCAGGAAUAGUCUACAUGUAGCUGUCUCGGAAAGAUCUUUGUCCACAGCACCGACCAAAUAAUUGGAGCAACAGGCGCCAUGAGGAGGGAUCAUAUCAAUAAUAUUUUGGGUGGUGCGGUCUCAUUUUUUGGGGAGCCAGAGUUGAAGUAGGAGUACGUCAGCAGUACGUCACUAGCAAAAUUAGUUGCAAAUUAUUGGUCAUUUGUUUGUAAAAAUGAUGUUCACAAUGGACACCGGUUCCCACGUACGGUGCACUUUCCUAAUUGUGUGUGAAAACCUCCUCGACUCGAAACAGAAGGCUUUGAAACGUGGCUUGUGCGUGGAACGAACGGAAUAGAAGAUUGGAGUUCCAAGAGGUGUGUGUCAUUCCAAGAAAAGCGAAGUGAAUUCACAAGAGCAAGAGCAAAGAGCACCAAGCAACUCACCUCUAGAAUAGACUCAUAAUAAGAGACAACCAACGGCCACAGCAACAACAUCGACAUGUUCAGCACCAACGAUAUCAACAACAACAACAACAGCAACACUACUAGCACUACUACUACCAGUCCCAUGAAUUCCCUGUUCAGUUUCGACAAGCGCAAUUGCAACCGACGCAGUCGUGCCGCUGGUACUGAUUCUACGUACCGAUACAACACUGACACUAUUGAAGAAGAUGACACUAGCGUUUGCAGCAGCGUGUCUGCUUUGACGGACGACGAACAAGACGACCAUGGCGCUCUUACUACUAGUAGGCCUACACCAGCUAUUCUUGCUCCUACUUCCAUAACAACUCCGACCGUCAACGCCACCCGAAUGAAAAAGAGUCGAUUCGCCAUCACCAAGGCUAGGGUUAAUGCUACGACUCAGUCCAGUCCCGCAUCUGACGCCGUCUCCAUCUCCUUUCUACAUGUAGCCAAGCAACCCAACCCGGGCACUACACCAUUGGGCACAACACCAUCAUCAAUAGGCAGACCAACGCAAGUCAUACAAAAAGCACUGGCGGGACUACGACCGGGAGGUGUCUUUUUCGUAUUGGACUACAAAGACGAAGCGAACCAGCCCUGUCCGUCCAUGGCCAUGAAAGAGAUCCCGCAGGACCUCGUCGAGAAAUGGAGCCUGACCAUGGUUCCCACCAACCUGGAAACGUUCUACAAUACCAAACUCAAGCUACCGUCUUCCAAACCAGCAGCACCACGAACGUCCUCUUUACCAGCUUCUAAGCGAAUCGUACGAUGGAUGGGAAUCAAACCACGUCAACAGGUUUCUCCGGCCGCAAACUAAUAAAUGAAAACAAAGAGAUUGGAGGUGCAUUGCCAAUGCCUUGCUUGCUUUGCUUUGCUUGCUUGCUCGCUCCUUUGCUCUGACCUGACGUUACAUGGAACAGACUUAGCUUUGCUUGCCUGCUUGCUUGCUUUCCUCUUUUUCUCGCACUCUCAAACGCUCAUAAGCAAAAUCUACCAAGACCUUCCGCAACAACAUCCACUCUUCGUCUUGCUCUCUUCCUAGAAUCCUGAUUACUGUUGCCGCCUCUUUCCUCUCUUUCUCCUUGAAGUCUCAUAAUGCAGCAUUGCGCUUUCGGUUUCAACAAAGCAACCAACCAAUCAAAUAAUAAAUACACAACAAGUCUAAACGAAGUACCAGUAGAUAGAAUGGGAUUAUGGUUGUGGCACGAAAAACUCACUGCUCCCGU